AUGGGUGACUGGAGUUUCUUGGGCAACAUCCUUGAGGAAGUCAAUGAACACUCGACGGUGAUCGGAAGGGUUUGGCUGACUGUACUCUUCAUCUUUCGCAUUCUGAUCCUUGGCACUGCAGCAGAGUUUGUAUGGGGCGACGAGCAGUCGGAUUAUGUCUGCAACACGCAGCAGCCUGGUUGCGAGAAUGUCUGCUAUGAUGAGGCCUUCCCCAUAUCACACAUACGCCUAUGGGUUCUGCAGAUCAUCUUUGUCUCCACGCCAUCACUGGUAUAUGUGGGCCACGCUGUGCACUAUGUUCAUAUGGAGGAGAAACGUAAGGAACGUGAGGAGGCAGAGCUGAGCCGGCAACAGGAGACCAGUGAGGAGCGGCUGCAAGUUGCUCCGGACCAGGGAAGUGUCCGUACAUCUAAAGAGACCAGCACCAAAGGCAGCAAGAAAUUCCGCUUGGAAGGCACACUGCUCAGAACCUACAUCUGCCACAUCAUCUUCAAGACACUCUUUGAGGUAGGGUUUAUCUUGGGCCAAUACUUUCUGUACGGCUUUCGCAUCCUGCCUCUGUAUAAGUGUAGCCGCUGGCCCUGUCCCAACACAGUCGACUGCUUUGUGUCCAGGCCAACUGAAAAGACUGUCUUCAUUAUCUUUAUGUUAGCCGUGGCAUGUGUCUCACUCUUCCUCAACUUUGUAGAGAUCAGCCACCUGGGCCUCAAGAAGAUUCACUUUGCAUUUCGCAAACCAGCCCAGCCCCAAAUCGAGGGAUCUGGUUUGGGUGAGAAGCCUUCCAUAGCUGUGUCCUCUAUUCAGAAAGCCAAGGGCUACAAGUUACUGGAUGAGGACAAAACAGUUUCACACUUCUUUCCCCUGACUGAGGUGGCAGGAAUGGAGGCUGGAUGUGUGCCCACAUCCUAUAAACCGUUUGGGGAAAAAACAGAUGGAGCGACAGCGCCUCGGGAAGACAUGUCGAAGAUGUAUGACGAGACAUUGCCCUCUUAUGUCCAAACUACCAUGGUGGGAUCUGGAGGAGCUACUGGCAUUAUUCGGGUGGACAAGGACGAGAUGCCUGCAGAAGAAGACGUGGAAGCCAGUGAGACAAUAGAGGACACCAGACCCCUCAGUAGCCUGAGCAAGGCCAGCAGCCGGGCGAGGUCAGAUGACUUGACAGUAUAA